AAUCUACAUUUUUAUUGCUGCUUUGUGUGGGAAUCACAAGCUUAAUUAUAAUGUAACAACUUUAUUAUUCAUUGGAGUACAUUUCUUAAAUAACGCUCUAUUGAGCCACCAUUAACCACUUCAAGAACUAGUAUUAAGAAAACAGCUUAUCAAAAUAACAAUAUUAUACAUUUAGUGACCUUGAUUGUGAGCAACAGCUGUCAGUGUUCAGUGUUGAAUGAACCUAACCAAGUUGUGAUAUGUGAAUUAUUGAAAUGUGAAAUUAAAACAAUUGUUGAUAUAAUAUUUCAACAUGAGAAACGUGGAAUCACAUCUUUUAGAGGAUAAAAUGGACGAAGCGGUCACGCAUUACAUCAAUUCACAACAAACACCGGAGUCCGUCCAUGUCGAUGCUAACUCCUUGGCUCUCAAUGUACAAGAUGAUGGAGGUGGUCGAGUGGUUACCGUCAUGCACCCACAAAACUUUCCGUCCCAAAUGUGCAGGCAAGUAUCAGUGGGCGAGCAAGUUGGAGAUGGUCCAUGGGUGGAAGAACUCUUGGACCCUGAAGGUAGACUGGCAGCUCUAGUGGCACACCUUGCACAACAUUCUCGCGCUUCCCAUCAUCAGACACAUCCUAAUCAUCAUAAAGUGCCUUCCGUAAGGAGUGAUGUGGAUCCAUCUGUGAUUCUAGAUACGCCAAUGAGAUUGUUUAAUGGACAACAGCUGGAUCAACAAUCUGAUACAAUAGUGGUGCAAGUACCACCUCUGCCGACCUUACCACCUCUGCAAGACAUGAAAAGAUGUCCAGACACAGAUUGGUUCCAUAAAAAUAAAAAUGCUUUAAAGGACGAUAGUGGUAUUCUGACGGACCAAGACGGUCCGGUUCUAGAUAUCGGAGCCGGAGCCUCCCCGGCGCAAAACAAGCAACAAAGCAAGAAAAGUCUUCCACACAAGAAGAGGAUAUCGAGGAAGUUGAAACGAACAAAUGGAAGCAGUACGCCUCAACAGGACAUAGUGGUGAUAAAUUGCGGAGGAGAGGGCCAGCAGGAGGAGAUCUUGCCCGACACAUUCGCAACCGUCACGUCGCACUCGCACGUCACGCAUGUCCCCCACGUGUCACACGUGUCGCACGUGCCGCAUAUGCCUCACGUACCGCACGUGACGCAUGAGAUGCGUGCGAUGUUCAUCUGUCAAUUGUGCGGAGAGUUCUAUGGUGAAGAGCAAUUGAAAUUUUAUCAACAUCUCAAACAACAUUAUGAGCCCCACGCUACCAUUAUCAUAGAGAAUCCUGUACCUGAUCUAGGCAUAGACAAGAUGACAAACACUUGUAUCGUAGACAACGUGGCGACCCUACCGGAUUCUAUUGUCGAAUUGUCUCUAGAAGGAAGCGUGCCAAAGACAAUGUACCAGUCCAUAGACAAACAUAUACUUUAUACGACAAGCGAUAAAACGCUCAAUUAUACGAGCAACAAAGUCCAAUACUCCGUAGCCAGCAUGGACAAGGAAGUGCCUGAAGUCGAGAAAGCGGAUCUCUACGACUCGUUGGAUAAAUUAGAGUAUUUCUGUACAAAGUGUAAUAAAUCGUUUAGAAAACAGAAACAGUGUGAAGCUCAUAUUAAAGAGGCCCAUUCUAAUCAAAAGCUAGAAGAUAUGGGGGAAUUCAGCGAGCCAGAAGAUCUGAUGGAGGGGAUACACGUGGCGGUGGAGGAGAGCGGCGAGCAGUACGAGCAGGCGCUGUUGCCGCACCUCACCGUGGAGAACGGACACGUGCACCAAGAGCACGUGCGCCACUGGUACAUGCGCAACGGGCAGGGCGCCGGCGCCGCGUCCCCGCUGUGCGCGUGCGGCGGCGCGUGUGGCGGCGCGUGCGGCGGCGCGGGCUACUGCGCCGCGAGCGAGCCCGCGCCCCCCGCGCCCCCCUCGCUGGCCAGCGUCGCCAUACAGGCCACGGGCAGCGUGGCGCUCGUGCCCUCGCCCGGCGUCGUCGCACACCGCCCGCCGGAGAACAAAAACGAGGAAAUGCUCCAACCCAUGUUUGAAACCGAGGAGCCGCCGGAGAGCUUCCCCGACCAGACCUCCACGCCGGAGUUGCAGCCUCCGUCACAUGUCAAAGACGAGUCGCCGCCGGACCCUAAGCAGGAGAAGAAGAAGAGCACCAAGACUUUCGAAUGUAUCCAGUGCGGGCGGGUGUUCCAGCAUCGCAACAGUCUGCUGUAUCAUACGCUGAUGCACAGCGAGAAGCAGCAAGUGUGUCGGGAGUGCGGGAAGAGCUUCUACACCGUUCACGCUUUAAAGAUACACAAGCGCGUGCACAACGACGACCGGCCGUGCAAGUGCGACGAGUGCGGCCGGGAGUUCCGCCAGUGGGGGGACCUCAAGUACCACAAAGCCUCGCUGCACUCCGACAAGAAACACUUCAAAUGUGAAUUCUGUGGUAAAGAGUUCGCCCGGCGUUAUUCGCUUAACGUACACAGGCGUAUACAUACAGGCGAGAAGAACUAUAAGUGCGAGUAUUGCAACAAAUCCUUCCGAGCGUCUUCCUAUCGGCUGAGUCACAUGCGAACUCACACGGGGAGUAAGCCCUACAAAUGUACGCACUGCGAAAAAUGUUUCCGAGUGUCAUACGAUUUACAACGUCACAUGCAUAUUCAUGAAAAAGUACGUGUUAAAACGGAAGAACAGAAAAAGGUUAAAGAAACAAAAGAUAAGAAAACCCCCAAUACCAAAGUAAACGAAUUAAAAGUCGAAUCGAAACUGCCCAAAAUCGAUCAGAAAAAAACGGAAAAUAGAUUACCGAUUUUAAAAAGCUUACUAGAUAAAAAGCCCCCUAAAACUCCCAAAAAAUCGCCAAAGAAAGCGCCUAACGUAACAGUACAAAAUCGAACAGAUGGACAGUUCAACGAAGAAAUCUUCGACACGAGGCAGGAUCCAUACAAAUUUAAAGAAGUAUUCAUUAAUCAUAAGGAAUAUCCGGAAAUUUCUUCAAGAUUACAAGAAAGAUCGGACGAAAGAGAGCUGGCUACUUUGAGGGCAAUCAAAAGCCAACCGAUCUGCGAAACGGAAGAAAGGAACUAUAGCAGAGAGAAUACGGACGGCAAGAUGCAAGUUUAUACACAGAUCGAAAAGAGCAAAGAGUACAGCGGACCAAUAGUUACCAAUGUGGUGUCCUUGAGCGACAUCAGGAACCUCGAAAGAGAAGUGGGUCGAGAACCAAGAGCAGAAAUACACGGGGAAGGUCUUGAAAAUGGAUUUUUCGAGAAGCUAUCUGCCUUCUACAAUAUACCAGCUGUAUGAAAAAAGUUUUGGAAGAGAACUGGUUUUCGACCGGUCGAUUAACGGACCACUUAGUGAAUUUUAUUAGUUUUAUAACAUGAUCCCGGAUUAGUUUUUAUAAGUGUGUUGGUGUUAAAUAAUGUCGGUAUAUGUGCUACCUAAUGCAUCUGUGAUAGCGUUACUUAAUAUUGAGGCCAAAUACUUAUAUGUAAAGCGAUUAUUUGGAUACGUUAGUAACCAGCCGUAAUUAGAUAUAAAAUUUACAACUAAAUGUCAAGUAUAUUAUUGUUGUUGGUAUCAUUUAAAUUAACUGACAUUAAUACGACUCGUGACAUUGUUAAUUCUUACAUUAUCUAUAAUAAAGACGCAAUAUAAUACUAACUCUAAUCACUAAAGAUUUUUUUUUUUAUUACGUAUGUCUGACUUAUUUGGAAUACCUUGCAAUGAGUCCUCGUUGUUCUAUGACGUCAGCGUCGCCUACUAAUAUCAUUCACAAUGUGAAUAAACUCAGCACAAAUUUUAUACAAGACUUAUUCAUUUGACAAGCAUAUAUAAUAAUAUAUGCUUGUAUGUAAAUAGUGUAAAAAUAUAUCGAAUAACCACCGCUUAACGUUAUAUUUAUGUAGAAAAAUUUUAAAUGUGUAUUAAUAAAGUCGCAUAAUCA